ACCUUUCCUAUUUCAGAUCCAGAAGAAACAAAAACAUGGCUUCUAGGCUUAAUAAUGAGAUACUAUUUGAAGCUACGUCAUGUGUGCAGAAGGUCACUCUAAAUAGACCUACACAAUUGAAUUGCUUGACUUUUGAAAUGAUUGGUGAAUUGUUAAGAACUUUCGAAGAGUAUGAAGAAGAUCCACAAGUAAGGGCUGUAAUAGUUAAGGGAAAAGGAAAAGUAUUUUGUGCUGGAGGAGACGUAGUCCGUGUGAUACAAUUCAUGCUACAAGGAGACUUGUAUUGUGUUAAGGAGUUUUACAAAAACCAGCUAACUUUGGAUUAUUUGGUGGCGACAUACAAAAAACCAGUUGUUUUCCUUAUCAAUGGAGCUGUAAUGGGAGGAGGUGCUGGUCUUUCCAUGAAUGCUAAAUUCCGUAUUGUAACUGAAAAUACGGUAUUUGCCAUGCCAGAAGCCUCAUUUGGACAUUAUCCGGAUGUUGGGGCAUCUUAUUUUCUUUCAAGAUUACCUGGCCAUUUUGGAGAAUACUUAGGAUUAACAGGGGCAAAAAUAAAUGGCUCUGAAAUGAUUGCAUCUGGCCUUGCAACUCAUUUUGUUUAUUCAAAGGAUAUUGAGUCGAUGGAAAACGCAUUAUGCCAAGCAUUAUCACUAAAUACAUCAUCGAAAUCUGUUCAUGAAUCGGACGUUUCAAGAAUCAUCAAAGAAUUCGUUCGUAAUCCAGUGUUGAAGGAAGGAAGUAUUUUCAAAAGACUUGAUGUUAUCAAUGGUUGCUUUGGCAAGGACACGGUUGAAGAAAUAUUAUUUGCACUUGAAAAGGAAAACACUGCAAUGAAUGAUAAGUGGAUCACCAAUGCAAUCAAGUCUAUGAAGUUGGCAUCACCAACAAGCCUUAAGAUUACUCUCAGAUCUAUUAGAGAAGGACGCAAGCAAACACUUAGACAAUGUUUGAUUCGUGAAUUUAACAUCAGUAGUCACAUUGUACUAAGAUCAUUCAAUUACAACGAUUUCUAUGAGGGUGGUAAAGCAAUCUUUUUUACAAAGGACAAAACGUUUAAGUGGGAACCAUCAAAGUUGGUGCAAGUACACGAUGCAAUAGUAAUGCAGUUUUCUGAAGUGGUCCAUGACGAUCGUUGGGGUUACUUGGAACUUCCAGAAAGAGAACAAUUGAAAAGGUCUAAACUUUAAAUUUAUAACAUAAAAUUAUGAGAUAAGGUCUAAACUCUAAAUUUAAUUUGGGGCUACUGUAACUCAUACACUAUUAAACCCUUUUAAUGAUCCUCUUUGAAAGAAUAUCAUGUCAUGAAACUACUAUGAUGUAUGCAUUUGUAUUGUAAAAAUAUUCAA